GAACCAACAGAGGAGAGUAAGCCAGUUUGGAUUUAGGAAAAAUGGUCGCUCCACUUUCCGUUUGGCCGUGGCAAAACUUGGGUCAUUUCAAGUAUACGCUUUACGGCCCUUUAGCUGCAAAGUUUUUGUACACAUGGAUCUAUGAGGAUACCCUUAAGGAUCUCUGGUGUCUUCAUAUACUCCUCAUAUGUGCUCUCCGAGGAUUCGUUUAUCAGCUAUGGAGCUCUUACAAUAACAUGCUCUUCUUAACUCGCAACCGUCGGAUUAAGCAGCAGGGAGUUGAUUUCAAGCAGAUUGACAGCGAAUGGGACUGGGACAAUUUCAUAAUACUUCAAGCUCUGUUAGCUUCCAUGGCUUGUUUGAUGUUCCCAUCCUUGAAAGCCCUUCCUGUGUUGAACUCAAAAGGGUUUUUUACUUUAAUGUUACUGCAUGUUACUGUUUCAGAGCCUUUGUAUUAUUGGGCACAUAGAUUAUUCCAUGGUACUUACCUUUUCAGCCAUUAUCAUUCGCUUCACCAUUCAUCUCCAGUUCCCCACCCUUUUACAGCCGGACACGCAACGCCGUUAGAACACCUCGUGUUAUGCGUCGUGAUCGGAAUUCCGAUGACGGGGUCGAUCCUGACGGGUUAUGGAUCGAUAAGCAUGGUUUAUUCCUAUGUCUUGGCUUUCGAUUUCCUCAGAUGUCUUGGACACUCCAACGCUGAAAUUAUUCCCCCCGGAAUUUUCAACAAAUUACCUUUCCUUAGAUAUUUCCUCUAUACCCCAACGUAUCAUAGCCUCCACCACACAGAGAUGGAGACCAAUUUCUGUCUCUUCAUGCCAUUGUUCGAUGCACUAGGCAAUACAUUUAACACCAACUCAUGGCUACUACACAACCAGAUUACUUCAGAUUCAGGAAAAAAAGGGAGGGUACCGGAUUUCGUGUUCCUAGCACAUGUGGUGGACAUAACGGCAGCGAUGCACGUCCCGUUCGCAUUACGAUCGUUUGCAUCGACGCCGUUCUCAAUUAGGUUGUUUCUGUUUCCGUUUUGGCCACUUACGUUUGUGAUAAUGCUAAUAAUGUGGAUUUGGUCUAAGACCUUCCUCGUCAGUUUCUACAAUCUUAGAGGCAGCUUGCAUCAAACAUGGUCCGUUCCUAGGUUCGGUUUUCAGUAUUUCUUACCAUUUGCAACCACGGGCAUCAACAAGCACAUAGAGGAGGCCAUUCUAAGGGCUGAUAGGAUGGGGGUCAAGGUCAUUAGCCUCGCUGCAUUGAAUAAGAAUGAGGCUCUGAAUGGAGGAGGAACACUGUUUGUGGACAAGCAUCCGGAGCUCAAAGUGAGAGUGGUUCAUGGCAAUACCUUGACGGCUGCAGUGAUUCUGAAUGAAUUUCGUAAGGACGUUAAAGAGGUGUUUCUAACGGGAGCCACUUCCAAGCUCGGUAGAGCAACCGCUCUCUACCUGUGUCGGAGAAGAGUCCGCGUCCUUAUGUUGACGUCAUCGACCGAAAGAUUUCAGAAAAUACAAAAGGAGGCCCCUGCGGAUUGCCAACAAUACCUAGUGCAGGUGACCAAGUACCAAGCUGCUCAAAAUUGUAAGACGUGGAUCGUGGGCAAGUGGAUAACACCAUGGGAACAAAACUGGGCUCCACCAGGGACCCAUUUUCAUCAAUUUGUGGUCCCACCCAUUAUGGCCUUCAGAAGAGACUGCACCUACGGUGAUCUGGCUGCCAUGAGAUUGCCACAUGAUGUUCAAGGCCUUGGAUCUUGUGAGUAUACAAUGGAGAGAGGAGUGGUGCACGCGUGCCAUGCAGGAGGCGUAGUUCAUCAGCUGGAAGGCUGGACUCACCACGAAGUUGGGGCAAUCGACGUCGAUAGAAUCGACCUUGUCUGGGAAGCUGCUCUCAAGCAUGGUUUAAGGCCCGUCUCAUCUGUAAACCUCCAUUGUAAAGACUCUCCGUGAUCAACACAGGGUCUG